AUGGCGCUGCGGCCUGUUUAUGCUUCUCCUCUGCUGGGCUCGACAGGAUGGCGAGUGGUGAAGACCAACGCACCCGACAACCACCCAGCCAAGGUCUUUUACUACCACGCGUCGUCGGCCACGUCGUCGUGGGACCUUCCGGCAGUGCUCGAGCCGUUUGAUUUGUCGGGCUUUACGGGGCCACGAAGGAAGCGCAAGCGUGAUGAGAGCGGAAGAACGAGCAGAGCUCAGCAUCCGCCGGUCCAUGCUAGGAAUCAGUCGACAACGAGUGCGGGCGCCGAGGAGACAGCUAUGCCCGAGGCGCCGUGGGCAGACACUGACGAUGCCAAGACGGUGGCACAGGCUGUUGAGGGUUUCCGUGCCCUGCUGUGGGAGACCGGCAUCACGCCGUUCUCGGACUACUAUGUGAUGAAGAGCAGGCUAGAGAAAGACGCCCGGUUUGCCGCUGUUGCCGACGAGGACGACCGCCGCGCCAUCUUUGAGGCUGUCGCUACCGAGGCUGCGAGCAAGAAAACAGCGUCGGCCGAGGAGCAGGCACGAAAUGCUGCCGCUUCUGCCUUUUGCGCUCUCAUCCGCAAGAUGCUGCCGCGGCUUCCGGCCAAGCCACAGCUGUACGAUCUGCGGGCGGUGGCCGGCGACGAUCCUGCCUACAGCGGCGUGGGCAAGCUAGAGCGCGAGGCGCUUUUUGCGCGCGAGGUCAGUGCGCUGCGCGAGAAGAAGGCGCGACUCAAGGCGGAGCGCAAGGCCAAACGCAAUGCGGCCAAGGCGGCGUACGUCCGCCUCUUGGCGUCGCUGGAGGACCCCGCACUGGGCGGGGACUCGCAGUGGCGGACCACCCGGCCGCGCAUCGCCGACGACCCGGCCUUCAAGGCGCUUCCUCCAUCCAAGGCCGAGGACUACUUUUACGACUACACCGACUCGCUGAAGGAGGCCGAGGCGUCACGGGCAUCUGUGGCCAAGGCGACUGCCAAGGUCCAGGCUGAGACUGCCCGGAGCGACUUUCUCACCCUCCUGGCCGAGUUUGUCAAGUCGCCGGCCGAGGACUACGCCGCCAUCACCGACCGGCUUGGCGUCGACCCGCGCUGGUCAGCACCGGGCGUCUCGGACGCCUUCCGCCGAUCCGCCGUCGAGAAACACCUCGCCGAGCUCGGUACCUCGGCCAAGGGCCGCCUCGCCGUCAUCCUUGCCCGUCACGCCGCAAACCUCCGGCUCGACUGGGACUGGCCGCGUGCACAGCGGUUCCUCGGCGAGCUUCCGGGGACUGGCGAAGAAAUCCGGGCGCUCAGCCUCAGCGCUGCUGGUGCCGCUGCAGUCUAUAGCGAGUUUCUGGUCGACGCGAAGGCCAAGGCCCGCGAGGCGUUCUUCGACAUGGUCGACUCGGUCGUUGCGCCCGGUGCCGCGCUCGCUGCCCACGACGUCGCCGACUUUCUCGAGUCCACCGAUCCGCGCUUUGAGCGUGCCGAGCAGGAUCCGGCAUUCAACGCUCUCCUCGCGCUCGAAGAGUAUCUCGGCUCCGACGAGCAGGCCGCCCGCCGCGCCGCCCACUUUUCCUCCUCAUCACGGGCGCACGCCUCGUCCAAGUCAGGCAACGACGACGGGUACGCUCUCGACAUCGACAUCGCCGACGAUACGGAAGGCGAUGUUGGCAAAAGCGGAGGCAAGGGCAUCAAGGGUGGAGACGAUGACUAA